GGGCAGGGCUGGAGGGCGGGGCCUGGGCUGGCGGCUCAGAGAGCUCAGCGCCCCGGGCGCAAGUCUCGUCGCGGAGGCGCACCAGUGGACUCGUCUUAGAGCAACAUGGCUGACAGCAAGGCCAAGCCUGCCAAAGCUGCCAACAAGACACCACCCAAGUCCCCAGGAGACCCAGCCAGGGACAAGACUGCCAAGAGGUUGUCACUGGAGUCAGAGGGUGCCAACGAAGGGGCAGCUGCAGCCCCUGAGCUCAGUGCCCUGGAGGAGGCCUUCCGGCGGUUUGCGGUACACGGGGACACCAGAGCGACGGGGAAGGAGAUGCAUGGCAAGAACUGGUCCAAACUGUGCAAGGACUGCCACGUGAUCGAUGGGAAGAAUGUGACUGUCACGGAUGUGGACAUUGUCUUCAGCAAGAUCAAAGGGAAGUCCUGCAGGACCAUCACCUUCGAGCAAUUCCAGGAGGCGUUGGAGGAGCUGGCCAAGAAGCGGUUCAAGGAUAAGAGCAGCGAGGAGGCUGUGCGUGAGGUGCACCGGCUCAUUGAGGGACGAGCGCCAGUCAUCUCUGGUGUCACGAAAGCUGUGUCCUCACCUACCGUGUCACGGCUCACAGACACAACCAAGUUCACAGGCUCCCACAAAGAGCGCUUUGACCAAUCGGGAAAGGGCAAGGGCAAAGCUGGCCGCGUGGACCUGGUGGAUGAGUCAGGUUAUGUGCCUGGCUACAAGCAUGCAGGCACCUAUGACCAGAAGGUGCAGGGGAGCAAGUAGCCUUGCAGGCCGAAGUUCUGGACACUGCAGGUGCCAGGCACAGGACUGAAACCCAUUGCACUUCAUUACAUUCCUAUGUUCAACUGGGCAGAACUCAAAAUGCACCUCCACUAGGCAAUGGUGGGGGCAGUGCCCAGGCCUCCUCCUGUUGGGUGCUUUGACACUUCUCUCUCAGACCCCAGGUGUGGGCAGCGAUUCAUUGUCCUUUCCUAACAUACCUGCUCUGUCCACAGCUGGGAAGUGGACUGCUAUUUCCAAACUGUCUCCCAGGAUCAUACCACACUGGCCACUUGACCUGCAGGUAACAGGGGGUGUUUGAGGCGUUGGUAGGUAUAAGGAUGAACAGAGCAGACAUCAGAACUCACACUGACUUAUCCAGAUACUUCUAGGGCAGUAGGAGCUAAGCAACUAACCAAGUGCACAGAGUAAUCCUAAACAGGCCAAUUUCUUGACCACGGGAAGUGUGUCAUUGUGUAUGUGGAACAGCUCACAUUAGUACACAUGUGCACACAGACACGCACACACACAUAAGUGCUCAUCAACCAAGUCUGUGCUGAGAGUGGUCAAGAGACAAGGAAGCACCUGGUGACCAGGGGAGUGACUUGGAGCAUGAAGCUGGAAGUUUUUUCAGUGCCGUUCUGAGAAAGGAUAAGACUAUGUGCUUGGUCUCAAGAGUGAUCCAGAGAGAUCCAGAACAUGAAGCUGCCAUGACUUUCUCCUUGUCCUGUCCCAUUACCAGCUUGGGACACACAGGAUGCUGAGACAUUUGGUCAGGACCAGGCCUGCGUAGUUGUUCUACUGGGCUGAGAUGGAAGCUUUUGCCAAGGCAAGUUAUGCUGUGCCUUGUUCAAAAGUAUGUAUCUUCAGCUCUAUGAAGCCACCUCUCGGUUCAGUUUUCCUAACCUUUCUCUUGAGUGCAAAUGCAGGCAGGACACUGGACACCAGAAGUAGCUCCCCCGAAAGACAUGCAGCAUCUACCAGGGGUUCUUUUUCUGCCACAGGAGAGAACACAUGACUCAGCUCAUCCAUGUGUGAGGGCACCACUUAUGCAGGCCCAAUGGCAUGUGCUACCAUCAUUACAGUUCCACAACAACUGUUCCUUUGCAUUAACACAACCCCACCCUUGCAUGAAACUUGCUGAACUACGUGGUCUUGUUCUUAGAAAGAACCUGCAGUGGUCUCAGGACAUGGCUACCAGCGCAGGUGGUUGUUGAGGAUGGGACGUCUUACACGGCUUGACACAGCACAAGUAGACAGCAAAGAUGCCUUCCUCAUGGUCACAGCACACAGUUACAUCAUUCACUCCUCUGGGGCCUAGAGAGCAAGCCUUCACUGCAGCACGAGGGAAGACUGCCUACUUGCCUGAGCAAGAAACACAAGGCCCUCAACACAGCCACAACUGGAGGGUGGAGAUGGUCUAGCAGUCAAUGCCAUCCCAAGAUUCUGGGAGUCUGCAGUACUUGGCAUUAAAAACCAAGUAGUGGCACCUCCAUUCUGUAAUCCGGCCUUGCUGGUCUGGUGAAAUAAAAGGACACUGGCACCUCUCAUACCCUUCUCCAGAACCCCUAGUCCCCACGUGGCUGGUAGUCUCUUGAUCCGAGGCUGUUCUUUUCUACUGCCUAUGAACAGCCUAAUUCCCACCAGCAUAGCUGAGUGAAAUAGAACACAUGCAAACACACCAGGAGGUGACUGCAUAUGGGUCAGGGUAGAGGGAUAGGCUAGGGUAGAUUUGAGGGUCCCUGUACCAUGCAGUGGGUCAGAUGUUUUCCUGACCCCAUAGUGUAUCCUGGACACAGUCUCCUAUUCAAAGGGCCGAGAUGCCAGACUGACCACGGUUGCCUGCCUAGGAGCACCAAGGAAACAGUGCAAAUGUCCAGCCUCAUGGAGGACACGUCGCCCAAGUGCUGGGCACAGCACUGAACAGAACAGCGCAGAGUGGCAAGCCCGUAAAGGUUCUGGGCGGAAGGCCAGAACUACCAUCUCAGCUCCCACCCCUCACCCCAGUAAAAUCCUCAGCAGAAGAUAAAGGCUUCAGAAUGCAUUUGGGUCUGGGUAGUUGUUCCACCAGUGUGAGAUGGGAGCUGUUGCUCUAAUACAACUUGGGCUCUGUAAAUGAAAACUGGGUCACUGCCUUGCUGGCUCUCACUGUCCUCACACAGAACCCAAGGACAGUCCUAGGCCCUCCCAUGUAGAAUUACGCCCGACAAGUGGUCUUCAUUGUGUCCCUUCUUACCCCGUUCCCUCACAGCACCUUUCUUUAGUCAGUGUUAAGUUUAACUCUGAAAAUACACCCUCCCUCUAGAUGAGGUCAUCUAGCCAGGAAAGGGCAGUAACAAUUAGAUCACGAAGACUUAGUGUUUUCAUAUCGUCAGUUUAAAGUGUCUAUGGAGUCUGUGUGGCAUCUCUGUACCCUCUCGACAUAGAAACUGAUCGGACUUCAACUCUUCUGCACAAAACAGAUGUGCAUUCUCCUCAGUUUCUGAUUUGAACACACAGGUAGGGUGUUUGUCUCUGUUGCAUGUUUUAUGCGAUACCAAUUAGCUUUUACUAAUCAUGGAUAAAUAGAAUUCAGUAUCUAUCUGUGAAUAAAAAAAAAAACCCAACAACUGCAUAGCAUGUAAACUGAGAUCCAGAGCCAUGUGCUAUUAGGUGACAGACACACAAGAGACAGGGACAGGUUCUUUCAGAGGAGGACAAGCAGGAGAUGACCUAGGAGACAGAGACAUACUCUGCUGUGAGCUGACACCCAGGAGACAAAGACAGGUUCUCUUAAGCUGUGACAGCAAGAAAAUAAGGAGAGGUUCUGUCAGGAGCAACACUCAGGGACAUGGGUUGGAGUGACAGAGAUGUUCUGUUGCAGGUGACACUCAGGAGAAAGAUACAGGUUGCAGGAAGAACAAUGCAAACGGUAUCUAAGUGUCAGGGAAGGAAAGUAGGCAGGCAGGAGGGUGCUUGCGAGCACUGACUCUAGUAGAAUACCUAUUUAUUUCUAUUUAAUACUAUAAGAUAAGCAACUAUUUAGUGGGAAUGUUUUACCAAGAUCAAAAUUCAAAUUACAUGUUUAAAUAUUGUCGAGAGAUCUAUAUUUAUACUGGAGUAUUUUUACACCUUUCAGUAUCCUAUCUUACACAGGGGCAUAGGGACAUUACGACGGAUGGAGAUAGCUAUGAAAUGGGCUGCACUUUUCUGCAGUCUCUUCCAGAGAGGACGGUGCCUGCCCUGGGCUGCCCCAGUGCCUGUUUUAAUGAACAGUCUUACUGGCACGCAACUGUACCCAUGCAUCUACAUACUGUUCUGUAGCUGCUUUGGCAUUAGAUCUGGCUGGGAGGAUGGAGACAAAUGCCACAGCACAGACACCUAUGGUAUCUGCCACCUGUCCCCUUUCAGGAAAAACUGCCUGUCUCCCUGCUUGGCUCGCGCUCUCUCUCUGCAGACUUGUAUACUACCUGGCUACAGCAUGGGCACAUGGGAAAGUCCUGCCAACACCUUUUAAGUAUGGCAAGGGUGACAAUUUAGCUGUACUGUGAAGACAUCAAUAGACAGAAUAUCCUCCCAACACUGAGCCAAACUGCUCUUCUUCACCAAUAUACUACUGACCAUUCUGAACUUCACGGUUCAGGGGUGUGGCCAUCUUGGGACGCUUAAAUUAUCUCUUCCUUUAGACCUCUUAAACUAAACCAAGCCAAACAACAAAGGAAGCCUGUACAACUUAAACUUGAAAGGAAUAAUAUGCUACUACUACUAGUUUGUACUAAGUUUUUUUUUCAAGAAAGGGAGUUAAGUUUAUAUAUAUAUAUAUGUGAUAUAUAUUUUUACACUAUUUUAUUAAUGUUAAGGAAUAUGGAGUGUAUCACUUUAUCAGUGUGAUGGGUAAUGUUGAUGUCAUGGGUGUUCUGACUCAGAAAGACACUUAUGCUGACAUCUAAACCACACUUGCUCAGAAUGUCUGUCAGGUCAGGAUGGCCCUCCUGUCCCUGCUAUAGAGUGCAAGCAUCUAGUCACCUGUUGGACAUAUCAUCAUGGCCUGGCUCAUACUGCUUUAGUGAAACAGCUUGUGUCUAUCAACAUUUUGUUCAUUGUGUUUGCUGUUAUUAACAUUGUGUCAAGUUGGUAAAGUGAUGAAUAAAGGUGUUAAAAU